AGAAUUGGCGUCGCGACGCCGCCCGCCGCCAACUCGAAAUGUCACCGAGAAAACCCUCCACUCGUUCAUUACGUUCGUGUACGCUGAAGCAAGCAAAUUGUCUCGGCUUUGUUCUUAAAUUUCUUCCGGAAGUCCCUAUUUAACAUUCAAGAUGGGUAGGGAGGACAAAGCUACCUGGAAAGCCAACUAUUUCGUUAAGAUCGUGCAACUGCUCGAUGAGUACCCCAAGUGCUUCAUCGUCGGUGCCGACAACGUCGGAUCGCGCCAGAUGCAGACCAUCCGUAUCUCGCUGCGUGGAACGGCCGUCGUCCUGAUGGGCAAGAACACCAUGAUGCGCAAGGCUAUCCGUGGCCAUCUGGAGGAGAACUCGAACCUGGAGAAGCUGCUGCCACACAUCAAGGGCAACGUUGGCUUCGUGUUCACCAAGGGUGAUCUGGUUGAGGUCCGUGACAAGCUGAUGGAAAGCAAGGUCCGUGCUCCGGCUCGUGCUGGUGCUAUCGCUCCCCUGGAGGUCGUCAUUCCGGCCCAAAACACCGGUCUUGGACCCGAGAAGACCUCUUUCUUCCAGGCUCUGUCCAUCCCGACCAAGAUUUCCAAGGGUACGAUUGAAAUCAUCAACGAUGUACCCAUUCUGAAGCCAGGCGACAAAGUCGGUGCUUCCGAAGCCACCCUGCUCAACAUGUUGAACAUCUCUCCGUUCUCGUACGGUCUGCAGAUUGAGCAGGUGUACGAUUCCGGUUCGAUCUUCUCCCCGGACAUUCUGGACAUCAAGCCGGAAGAUCUCCGUGCCAAGUUCCAGGCUGGAGUUGCCAACUUGGCUGCCGUUUCGCUCGAGAUUGGAUACCCAACUCUGGCUUCCGUGCCGCACAGCAUUGCCAACGGAUUCCGCAACCUGUUGGCCAUCGCUGCCGUCACCGAGGUUGAGUUCAAGGAAGCCGAAACCGUCAAGGAGUUCAUCAAGGACCCAAGCAAGUUCGCUGCCGUUGCUGCCCCGGCUGCUUCUGCUGCUGCUGCUGCUCCGGCCGCCGCUGCCAAGGAAGCCCCGAAGGAAGAGUCCGAAUCCGAGGAUGACGACAUGGGCUUCGGUCUGUUCGAUUAAGAAGCGCGUUCUUGUCUAGCCGCCACCAGUGGUUGCACUGCACCAUCCUUUUCUAAUAUCUACUCCUCGGGGACGGAAAUUCGCAUCUCUUGAAAAGGAGGGACCCGUAUCUACUCGUCCGGGAUUGAAACGACAAAUCGAUUCCAAUGGCGAUGUACGUGGGCCGAGUGAAUUUGAAUUUGUCCCCGGAAUACGUAUUGAGGAUGGGCAAGUUCUAACUAAAAAAUAUGGUAUUUUGCAAUAAAAUACGUUAAAAUGUAA